UUCCAGUGGGCAUAGGUGCUACUUAGAUAUCUGCACAUUGGUCUAGCCUGCAGCACUCCUGGUUUUCACCCGUCCACCCACUCUGCCAGUGCACAUCUGUUACAACCUGCAGCAUUACAAAUCCUGCUAUUUCAGCCUCAGGCCCCUUCCAGGCAGCCACCACCACACUCCCUGGUGUAGUAGCUCAGUGGUGUGUGCAUCCUCUAGGGCUCUGAUUAACUCACUGGACAGUGCUUGCUGGGGCUUUGAACACAGGUGUGAAAUGUGGGGUUGUAGGCAGUAGGUGUAAUUGCCCUGCCUGUUGAGAGCCCCUGCAGAACCAGGUAUCCAAACUGGUGCAGCCUAAAGCCACUGGCUCAGAUUGCGAAGAAACAAAGUCCUCUGCUUUCUGGAACUGUAUCACCGUCCUUGUGCCUUCCCAUUUCAGUAGCACCUGGGUCUCUGUUCCCAGCCAGCGGUGGUGUGGAGGACACAUCAAUAUCAGCCAUUCAUGUGUACCAGGGUGAUAUUUCCUCCAGUCACCCUUGGCGGCACAGUCCUCGCAUCAUCAAUACAGGAGCGCUUGAGGACACCUCAAGGUCUGAGAAACCUGCUGACAGGGCUGGUUUCCAGCUGCCUCUCACUGCUCAUAGGGCCCUGCACAAAGCAGAGUGCUACAACCAGGCACCGACCUGCUGCCGACAGCCCUGGGCACUGCAGUAACUUGUGGACCUGAUCCCAAGCCCCAUUGCCUGGGGAUGUGUACUGCCACCUCCCCGGAGAAACAAGCUGAGUGCCCCACAGGCUUUGAGAUGGAUGAGCUGCCACAUCACCAGAACAUGCAGCGCGGUGUCACUUGGCUGCAAGCUCAGUGCAUUAUGAAAUAGGAGCCUGUAGAACAUGCAUAUCCAAGGUGCCUCUCCCUGAAGUACUGGGAACUAAAGAGCCAAUUAAGGAUUCUUCCACACAAUGUAAAUCAUCAUCCAGUAUGAAGUGUCUGGCGAGGAGCACCUCUACUCCGAUUUCCCUGAGAUUGAUUUGUCCCAGUUGGACGCUGGUGAUUUUGACUCUGCCAGCUGCUUCAGCGAGCUGCAAUGGUGCGCCGAGCACUCCGAGACCGAGUCCAGCCAGUACAGCACAGAUGACUCUGAGCUCUUACAGAUAAUAGACAGCGAGAAUGAAGCGCUGCUGGCAGCUCUCACCGAGACACUGGAUGAUAUACAGGAAGAUGACAUAGGCCUGGCUGCCUUCCGAACUAUGGAAGAGGGGGAUGCGCCCACCCACACCUCCACCUCGCCCACCUCUUCCCCCAAACCCACCGCCCUGGUCGUGGGGGGGCCGCCUCCGGCCCCAGAGGUUGAUGAGCUGUCUCUACUGAAGAAAUUACUUCUUUCUCCAUCCCACGUGCCUCCAAGCUGUGAGGCUCAGAGAGAUGGGAGUGCACGACGUCAUGGGACCCCCAAAUCAAGACCUCAGCGACCAUGCACUAAGGUGGAGGGUCUCCGGGACAGAAAGUCAAGGUUUCUCCAGGCUCAGAGCCGGAGCUGCACAGAGCUGCACAGGCACCUCACCUCCACCACACACUGCCCACAGACCAAAGCCACCUGGCCACCAGACACAUGCCAAGGCAGCAGUGUCAGCAGCGUACCCCAGAAUCCCUAUGUCCACAAUGAAGAUGACAGUGACACAAGUGAGGACUCGCUGAGCUCCGGCGAUGCCACAGUGAUGAUACUGUCCCCCGAGGAUGGCACCAACAGUCAGUUCUGUGAGAAAGAGAUGCAUUCAGUGGUGGAGCUCAUCCGCUACAUGCACACCUAUUGCCUUCCUCCAAGAAAGCUGUCCAUCAGAGACCCUGCAGAUGUGAAGCACCAGCACUGUAACAGCCCCUACAAGAAAGCAAAGCCAGACUGCCCUUUGCAGACAACUUCCCACUGCAGCCAGGAGAGCUGGACAACCUGCACCUGGGAAAUAGGCAGCUACCAGAAGCCCAGAACCUCCUCAUUCUCCAUCCUGAAGGAGCUACUGUCCAGGGACAUUACGUGUGAUGUGAGCAAGCCAUACAGGUUGGGCAAACCUGUGUAUGCCUCCUGGACCAGGCCCUCUGGCUCCAGGUCUCCAGGAGCUCCUGCUCAGGAAGCUGACACCUCUGUAGGGACUUGUAAGUCCAAAGUCAAAAUGCCACUGGAGAAGACAGAGCUAAGGCAAAGCCCCAGGGCUGAGCCUGAAGCCAAGAAAGAGACUGGCAGCCCAGAGGACGAGGCCAGGAAACAUGUAGUUCCUACAGCCCAGCCACUCCCAGGGAAAGCAGGCCGGAAGCAGGACAGUGCCAUUUAUGCGGUCCGGCGCUCCAAGAGACUCAACCCAGAGCUGGGCCACUGGCUUUCAUUUCUUGAUGAGCCUUCCCCAGAGCCUUCUGGCCCCAGAGAUGCAACAGAGAGCUGGGUGCAGGAUGCUUUUGCCUUGAGGGAGCCUACACUGUGCCCAGCAUUGGAGAACUUUGAUACGGAGGCACCAGCUGCAGAGGUGGAGGUGGGCAGCAUGGAGGAAGGGGACAAUACAACUGAGACCCACCGAAUGGAGCCCCCGAGGCCCCUGCUGGGGAGCCCAGAUGAGAAGGACAGGGGUGAGAUGGAUGGAAACCGGUCUUGCUCGCUCUUAGAUCAGACAGAAACACCCAGGUGUCUUGCGCUGUCCUUGACACAAACUGACACUACAUUUGGGAAGAGGAACUUUGAGCAAGUGCUAACUGUAGAGCUGUGUGGGACAGCAGGUCUCACACCGCCUACCACUCCGCCAUACAAGCCUGCUGAGGAGGACCUGUAUAAGCCAGACAUUCACCAUGGGCCAGAAAAGGAGAAAGCAGCCAUCCUCCCUCCCCUUCCGGGGCCAAGGACUGCCGCAGCAGACACAGCGACCUCCAGGAGACUCCUGAAGAAGCACCCAGAACAGACAGAGCUCUAUGCCCACCUGAGCCGCGCUGCUGUGUGUCCUCCUACCCUAGAGCAGCAGGGAGUGCUGAAACGCCCAUUUUCUCGCUCUUUCGGGGACCACGACUACUGCCAAGUAAUGAAACCAGAGGCUGUGCUCCAGUGGAAGGUGCUGAAGUCCUGGGAGCCCCUGAGCCACACAGCAAGUGAACACAAGCGAAGGGUGCCAGAUACACAUUACCAGGCACUUGUCCAGGGCAGCAAGGAGGAGAAUGGCCAGGCCUUGUGGAAGGAGGGUACUAAACAACUUAGAGACCAGGAGAUCAGAGCCAGCUUAACCAAGCACUUUGGCUUUCUGGACAGUGCCCUUGAGGAUGAGUAUCUGACCUGCAAGACCCUUGAUUAUGAUACCGUCUUCGAGGACAGCUGCAGUGAGAGCGGGUCCCCGGUAGAGGAGGAAGAGGAGGAUGAGGAGGAAGAGGAGGAGGAGGAGGAGCACUGGGAGAGUCCACUGGAAUCCAAGUUGUGUCUGCGGAGGAACCCACUUGCCAGGACCAGUAUACACCACUGUUCCCGGAGCAGAUCCAGUUCCGGGUCUUCGUGCUGCAGGUCCAGGUCUCCAGCAAACAGACGGGCCUUCAGAUGUGAAAAUGGUGAGCAAUGUCAAGGUGGAACUGCGAGCCGGAGCCAGAUGGAGAGGAAGAGAGAAAAGGCCAUUAAUGAAGGCCGGAUGGUGUACAUCAGAAACCUAUCCAGCAGCAUGAGCUCCAGCGAGCUGCGGAAACGCUUUGAGGUGUUUGGCGAGAUCAUUGAGUGUCAGGUCCUGACCAGGAAAAACAGGGGGGAUAAAUACGGCUUCAUCACCUACCGAUGUUCAGAAGAUGCCGCCUUAUCACUGAAGAAUGGUGCCUCACUGAGGAAAAGGAAUGAGCCAUCAUUCCAGCUGAGCUAUGGUAGUCUCAGGCAUUUCUUCUGGACCAGAUACACUGACUUGGAUUCCAAUGCGGAGGAGUCCUCCCUAGCUCCAGUGAAAAGCAAGUAUGAGACCAUGGAUUUUGACAGCCUGCUGCAGGAGGCCCAGCAAAGCCUGCAUCGAUAACAGCCUUAACCUUGGAGGAACACCUCAAUACCUC